AUGGAGGCAACACAAGAAUCCACACAACCCUGUGCCGACCCCCGGCGAAUGGGUUUGAAUAAUUCUGGCUUGCACGAUCAGGACCUAGCCGACAUCAUCUGUAUCCUCCACCCUAACUCCCACUCUGCCCACGAUGCUGUCGCAGCUACUGCAGCGACAGGCACUCAGCAUAUCUUACAACAAGGCGCCUUAGACUUCGAAAGCUCCGAAACUGCGGCGCUGGAUGUCGCACUCCGAUUAUCGUCAAACGUAUUCGACCUCGCAGUGGGGUUUUGCUUUGGUCGAAAUCGCGCUCGUUGCGAUGUUCUUUUGGCAGCUAAUGACAAUGCGAAAAGAGUCUCUAACUGUCAUUUUCGCAUUUACUUAACUGGAGAUGGCAUCGUCAUGCUGCAAGAUACGUCCACCAACGGCACUAUCGUAGACAACUGUCGUUUGCGAAAGGGCUCAAAAGACAACAGUCGCAUGCUUGUCAAUGGGUCAGUUGUUCAGGUGGUAUCGGGAGACAAUACCUCAGAUGAGGUUCGAUUUGUCGUCCGGAUUCCUUCGCGAGAGAACUUCGCUGUGAAAUACACCCAGAAUGUGCUUCAGUAUUUUGAACGCGCACAGCAGGUCAUAGCUGGGACUGCACAUCAAAAGGGCCGAAAGGCCCCAGCCCAGACCGUUCUGCCCUGGUCGGUUGGAAAUGCCUUUGGCAUGCAUUGGAGCGGCAGUCCAAUGUACAAUGUGACCGGCCAGGUCGGUAAGGGUGCCUUCGCCACGGUGUACAAACUCGCCACGAAGCAGCAUGGAACGAUAUAUGCUGCCAAGGAGUUGGACAAGCGUCGGUUCAUGAAGAACGGCAUUCUUGAUCAAAAGGUGGACAACGAGAUGAAGAUCAUGAGAGAUCUCAAGCAUCCCAACAUCGUUCAGUACGUCGAUCACCACGAGCAUGACCGAUGGAUCUACAUUAUCAUGGAGUAUGUGCCUGGGGGUGAGUUGUCAACGUACCUCCAAAGUCCCGGCAGAAUCCCAGAGGACUCGGUACAAACGAUCGCCCGACAAAUUCUCCGCGCUCUAAACUAUCUCCAUAAACGCCGGAUCACACAUCGAGAUAUCAAGCCCGACAAUAUCUUGAUCGCAUCUGUGGACCCCCUCCGAGUCAAACUGUCUGACUUUGGACUAUCAAAAGCGACGCAAGAGGAGACCUUUCUGAAAACAUUUUGUGGAACUCUUUUGUACUGCGCCCCGGAAGUUUAUCCAGAUUAUGACACAUAUAGACUGGGUGAAGCUAGGAAGAGACGUCGAGUAGGAGACCCACCGCCAAAAACUUCUCCAUACAGCCAGUCAGUCGAUAUGUGGUCACUUGGUGCAGUGCUUUACCACGUUUUGUGCGGAGUGCCGCCAUAUUCUGGCCGUGCCGAGGACCGAGGUGUCGCGAUGUUGCGUAGCAUUAUGACUACGGAAGCGGAUUUCAAUGUCUUGCGUCAAGUUGGCGUAUCUGAAAAUGGAAUCGAUUUUGUCUCCAAGCUGUUGAACCGUGAUCCUUUCGCGCGUCUUUCAGAAAGAGAAUGUUUCCAACAUCCAUGGAUUGUCGAUGUGCCAGAUGUGGACGAAUAUGAAGAUGAUGAUGACGUUCUGGCUGACCGUGGUGACGGUCUGUCAGUUAUUGGGGAAGAGGCUGAGGGUGAACUUGACGCCUCUCAGUUGUCUCUUCAUGACAAUGAGUAUUACAUCCAUGGUGGCGCAGGCGAUGAGUCAAGCAGCAACGAAGCACUUGCCAAAAGGCCACGAAUUCAAUACGUUCCUUCAGAUAUUCGUUAUCCAUCGCUUCCAAAAAUCGAAAGUUUUCAGGACAGUCAGGUUGCAGCCGAUCAUCAAGCAAGACGUUUAUUUGGGGAGGUCACUUCAUCUGCCCUGCGAAGCUCACAUGCACUUGGAAACACAGGCGCUUGGGACCGUGACUCCGAUGUUGAGAACUUUGCUUCCUCUGGUGAGUCGAUGAGCGAUGAACGCAGCGUCUAUUCGGUCAUAUCCCUCCCGGAAAAUCCUUGUGGCGGUACAGCACCCAGCCUGAUGGGAGCGGAAAACCUUGUUGGACGACUGAAUAUGAAUUCCUCACAUCCUAUCCUUCAUCCUGAGGUCUGCCCGAUUAACGAGUUUUCGAUUCGACAGACCAACCUUAAACAACCCUUGAAUAUGACAAGUUUAGACAGCCCCCCUGCUGAAGAAAAUAUUGAGCCUCAUUCCAACGCUCAUGAUGUCACCCCCAAGGCACCCAACAGAAAAGCAUCUCGUCGCGUGGAGCUCGAUUUACCUGAGACAGCCAGCGAACAGUCCAGUGAUGCAAGUCCCCAACUCAGCCGUCAAAGUUCCUAUCGCGCUUCUGAUCGAACCUCAGAAGCACAGGUUGACAUUGAGCUCUUAACGACCCUUGAUGCCCAGACUGGACAGGCCAUUCUCAACCAACAUUUGACCUCUCUUGAUGAUGAUGCCUCUGAUGUCAUCGUUCACCGACCUGACACGCCCUCCGUAUCAGCAAGCAUGCCCAGCGAUAAGUUUACCAAGCCCCCCAAGCUUCUGGGUCGUCUUAGGAGUGCCCAGGGGUCGAUCUUCGAUGUCAAUAUUCGCCUGGAAGACCGCAUGACAUCUUGGGGGCGAGGACCUCUCGCUUCAGUUCGCCAUGAAAACAAUCUCGACACUCGGAUCCCCGCCUAUGCCCUGGAAAUCACAUUCUUUGCCCCUGGUAUCAACGCCACAGUUGCCAAAGGCCAAGACUGGAUGUCAAUGCCAGGUCUCAAAACAAUCUUGUCCACCAAAACAAGCAAAUGUAUUUGGGUGAAUGGAACAGAACUCAGGCGUGCAUCAUCCACUACUGGAGGGGCGGAGGAGCUAAACUACGGCACGAUCUAUACGGGUGACGUUAUAACCGUCUACCGAGGCAAGAGGGAUUACUUGGACCUCAAGUGCGAGUUCUAUCAUGGUGAGAGCGCACGGUCUCGACCUACUGACGAACCCACAUUUACUGUACACCAAAUUCCCCUUAAGGGCAACCGGUUUCCGCUUCGGCCCACUCAAGUGAAGGAACCCGUGGCAUAG